AAUUAUGAACACAAUUAGAUAUAGGUACAAAAAUGUUACGAUUAGUUAGUAGAAUCUCUAGAUACCAAAUGCGUGGAAAUAGCCGGAUUAUGAAUAGUUCCAUGUUACACUCAAAAGAUAUUCAUGUGUUAACUUGUAAAAAUCCUCAGGGAUUACUCUCCAAAAACACCUUAGACAACAGGUUUGCAACAAGUGUAAGGUAUUUCACAAGUAAAACCCCAGUGGGUUCGGAUGAUGAACCUCAUCCAUCACCUGAAGAAGAGUCCUUUAACCCUCAGUUACCUGCUACUGUAGCUGUUCCUGAAGUAUGGCCACACGUUCCUGUAAUAGCUAUUUCAAAAAAUAUCUUAUUUCCCAGAUUCAUAAAACUCAUCGAAUUAACUAAUCCCCAUCUAAUAGAACUCAUAAGAGUCAAAUUGAAUCAGCCCUAUUGUGGAAUAUUUUUGAAAAAACAAGAAGAUAACGAGGCUGAAGUUGUUAGUAAUAUUAAUGAUGUGUAUAAUGUCGGUGUCUUUGCACAAAUUCAUGAAAUGCAGGAUCUCGGGGAUAGGUUGAGAUUGGUUGUGAUGGCGCAUAGACGUAUUAAAAUUACUGGGCAAAUUAUGGAAAGUGUUGAGGAUGAACCGAAAGAGGAAUCAGAAUCGGAAAAGCGUAAACGUAAAUUGAGAAAUAAUAGAAUAAAGAAAUCAGUUUUGGAAACACGCCCAUUAGAAGAAUCCAAAGAAUCAAAGUCUGCAACUGAUGAAACCAAGGAAAUCUCCACUAUUCGAGACAUUAUCAGUCUAAAUCCUUUGUACAGAGAUAGUUUGCAGCAGAUGAUGUAUCAAGGGCAAACGGUUGUAGAUAAUCCUGUAAAUCUAAGUGAUUUUGGUGCGGCCCUAACAGCAGCAGAAAGUAAAGAACUUCAAGAGGUCUUAGAAGAGAUGGAAAUUCCAAAAAGGCUGAUGCUAUCUUUAUCACUUUUAAAAAAAGAAUAUGAACUAUCAAAACUUCAGCAAAAAAUCGGAAGAGAAGUAGAAAAAAAGGUUAAACAACACCAUAGAAAAUAUAUAUUGCAAGAACAACUGAAGGUAAUCAAAAAAGAAUUGGGCUUUGAAAAAGAAGACAAAGAUGCAAUUGGUGGCAAAUUCAAGGAGAAAAUAAAAGACAAAGUAUUACCUCAAGUCGUAUCAGCUGUUAUAGAUGAGGAAUUAAAUAAGUUGAGUUUCUUAGAAAGUCACAGCUCGGAAUUCAACGUUACAAGAAAUUACUUAGAUUGGUUGACUUCACUUCCAUGGAGUGUUCAAAGUGAGGAAAAUCUCAAUUUGCAAAGAGCAUCUGAAAUUUUAGACCAGGACCAUUAUGGAAUGGAAGAUAUCAAACGUCGUAUCUUAGAAUUUAUUGCAGUUAGCCAGCUGAAAGGCAGUACACAAGGAAAAAUAUUAUGUUUUCAUGGCCCUCCUGGUGUAGGAAAAAACAGUAUUGCACGGUCCAUUGCAAGAGCUCUAAAUAGGGAAUACUUUAGAUUCUCAGUAGGAGGAAUGACAGAUGUAGCGGAGAUAAAAGGGCACCGAAGGACUUACGUAGGUGCAAUGCCUGGAAAAGUUAUUCAGUGCCUAAAAAAAACUAGGACAGAAAACCCUUUGGUACUUAUAGAUGAGGUGGAUAAAAUAGGAAAGGGUUACUCAGGCGAUCCCAGUUCUGCCCUUCUUGAACUGCUUGAUCCAGAACAAAAUUCCAAUUUUCUUGAUCAUUACCUUGACGUUCCAGUGGACUUGUCCAAAGUCCUAUUUAUCUGUACAGCAAAUGUAGUCGAUACUAUUCCAGAACCUCUUCGAGACCGUAUGGAAAUGAUUGAUAUGUCUGGCUACGUUGCAGAAGAAAAAUUAGCUAUUGCCAAACAGUAUCUACUUCCACAGGCUAUGAAAGAUAGCGGUUUGAAGGAUGAUACAAUAAAAGUAGAAGACGAAGCUUUGAACAUUUUAAUCAAAAGUUAUUGCAGGGAAAGUGGUGUCAGAAAUUUGCAGAAACAUAUAGAAAAAGUGGUGAGAAAGGUGGCAUAUAAGGUGGUCAAAGAAGAAUCAUCCUUUGUGCAAGUAGAUGGAAAGAAUUCACAGCUUUUCGUUGGGAAACCAGUAUUCACCCAUGAUAGGAUGUAUCCUGUCACUCCACCUGGUGUAGUUAUGGGAUUGGCUUGGACUGCAAUGGGUGGUUCAACUUUAUAGAUUGAAACUACUGCCCGCCGUUUACCCACAGAAAAAGAGACUGAUGGAAGCUUGGAACUCACUGGUCAUCUUGGAGAUGUAAUGAAAGAAUCUGCAAAAAUAGCCCUUACUGUAGCUAGAAAUUUCCUCCAUGAAAAGGAUCCAGCUAAUAAAUUUUUAUUCACAAAUCAUUUGCAUUUACAUGUGCCUGAGGGAGCAACCCCUAAGGAUGGCCCUAGUGCAGGAUGUACAAUCGUAACAGCGUUACUGUCUUUGGCUAAAGGACAAUCAAUAAGACAAGAUGUUGCUAUGACCGGAGAGAUAUCUUUAUUGGGAAAAGUUUUACCAGUUGGAGGUAUUAAAGAAAAAACAAUUGCGACAAAACGAUCUGGCAUCAAAUGUAUCAUUCUCCCAGAUGAAAAUAAAAAAGACUUCAAUGACUUGCCCAAGUUCAUCACCGAAGGAUUAGAAGUUCACUUUGUAUAUAACUUUAACGAAAUCUAUAAUAUCGUUUUUGAAGAAACACAACCUCGGCUGACAAUAUAGUUUUUUUUUGUUA